AUGCAAUCUCCACUGCCAACACUGGCUAUCAGCACUCUCUAUCUCCUCAUUGUAUGGCUGGGCCCCAAAUUCAUGAAGAAUCGAGAACCUUUCCAAUUACGCUACUUGUUGAUUGCCUACAACUUUGGGAUGGUGAUCCUGAACUUCUUUAUAUUUAAAGAGCUAUUUUUAGGAGCCAGAUCAGCAGGAUACAGUUACAUAUGUCAAACUGUAGAUUAUUCUGAUGAUGAGAAUGAAGUCAGAGUUGCUUCUGCUCUAUGGUGGUACUAUGUCUCUAAAGGAGUGGAGUACUUUGACACAGUAUUUUUUAUACUAAGGAAGAAAUUUAAUCAAAUUAGUUUCCUCCAUGUGUAUCACCACUGUACAAUGUUUACCUUGUGGUGGAUUGGAAUCAAGUGGGUCGCUGGAGGACAAUCCUUUUUUGGUGCACAUAUGAACGCCUUGAUUCAUGUAGUGAUGUACUUGUAUUACGGGUUAGCAGCUUGUGGACCACAUCUCCAGAAAUAUCUCUGGUGGAAGCGAUACUUGACAAUUUUACAAUUGGUCCAGUUCCAUGUCACUAUUGGCCACACUGCACUCUCUCUCUACAUUGAUUGCCCCUUUCCAAAGUGGAUGCAUUGGGCUCUGAUUGUGUACGCCAUCACCUUCAUAGUUCUCUUUGUUAACUUCUACUAUCGGACAUACAAAGAGCCCAAGGGAUCAGCACGAAGUGGAAAACCUGUCCAGAAUGGGAAAACGAUUACAAAUGGAGGAGCUUACACCAAUGGUGUAGUGCAUAAAGCAGAGAACCACAAAUCUGGUGUAGAGAAUGGACGGAAAAAGAGAAAGGGAAAAUCAAAGAGGGAGUAG